AUGCUCCGUACUCUCUGUCUCCUCGCUUUCGUCGCCGGAAGCCUUAUUGAAGCGCUGCCGUCCCGCAUUCGCCGUGAGGACAAGAUCCAGCGAUACUGUGCUAAGCACCUCGAGCACUACCGCAACUUCUGCGGUGACGAUUCGAUUGACGUCGACAGAACGGCAAUGGCGAAACUCGCCAAGUUCUGCCCUGCCUACGAGAAGCACUGCGCAUUGUCCAAACGCGACGAUCCGAUAGAUUCGGACCUCUAUGACAACCUCGUCGUGCCUCCUCCUCUCCCGAAAGGAAGCGACUUUGCCGCUCUCGAUCUGCCGCUUGGCACUCAGUCUAAACCCGUGCCUGCUGCGUCCAAGAACCGACUUACGGCUGCGAUCAUCGCUAGCUGCACACCUGAAUGCACGGCACCACACUGUACUGACGAAUGCAAGUGUGCCCAUACACACCCCAAGGUGCACGCUAUGUGCAAUCCACCAGCCAACGCACAACUUGCGGAUACCUGCCAGAAAUGGUACUCGAAGUGUCCCAUGUUCCAGCCGGUACAGUACUACUGA